AGCAGGAGAAGCACAUACUGUUAAGUUGUUUCCUCAGACUCCACUUGUAAUGAUGGAGGAUGAUGUGAACUACUCUACAAUAGUGUUCCGUACAUCUCACUCUGCUGUGCCAAAAGGUGUACCAGAGACUGAGAAUGUUGUGUACUCAAAAAUCAGGACGACAAGAGAGAAAUCAACACAAUGCAGUUCUUCGACAGCUGAGGAAGUGACUACAUCCAAGUGUCAAUCAUACAAACGGGCUACAGCUGUUCUGGGGCUAUUGUGUGUUCUCUUACUAGCAGGAUUACCUACUAUGUGUGUUUUAUACAUCAGGCAAAUUUCAAAAUACUCCACCAUUUUGGCUCUUUACAACAAUGAGAGCACAGCACACAGGCUGCUGCAAGCUGAUAAGGCAGCACUGGAGAAAGACAAAGAGGAAUUAACAGCACAGACAGAUGAGUUCAGAACCAGCAUGCGGCACAUCACCCAACUUUCAAAUUUCCCAGUUAACAAAUAUUGUACAACAACAAAUGGCAAGCUUUACUGUGAGCCCUGUAUGAAGAAUUGGAUUCAGAAUGGCCCCAGCUGUUACCUUUUCCAUCUGUACAGACCCUGGAUGACCUGGGGACAAAGCCAGGAUUAUUGUGCUGAAAGGGGAGGACAUCUAGUGGUCAUUGACACUCUACAGGAACAGGCUUGGGACCGGCACUGCAUCCAGUGGCUGGAUUUCUGGAGUGUUCCACCUAAAAACCCACAGGAUGGCUGCAUUUUGUUAAAUCCUAACCGUGCUAAUCAGAGCAACUGGGUGGUGAACCAGUGUACCAUGUUUAAUAGAUGUAUCUGUGAAAUCAAAGUGAUGACAUGGCCCAGUCAACUGUAGGCCACACCACCACUCCAGAACUCUUCAGCAUCUUUGUUUAUUUAUUAUUGUUACUAACCUCUCAAUUUAAUCUCCGUCUGCUAAAUCUGUAUCAUGUGAGGGGAAAAAAAGUUCAAGCAAUACUCACCCAAAAUGCAAAUCAAGGGGCUGAUAUCAAUUUUUUUUAAUAAAAGUUUAUAAUACAUGACUAUGGUUCCUGAGUGGUGCAGCU